UCAUAUUAGCAAAAGUAUGUCAAAGUUAUUUUACUUUUCUUAUUCUGUUGGCAGGAAAUAUCUAAAAGCUUACUAGACUAUCUAAGCUGUCGUUUCCUGGUGAUGUCACGGCUACCAUUAAAACCACUCUGCGUCAAAGCUAAAUAUAACGUUACUGAGACAGCUGGAAAAACACAAAAGUCGUCAGUGCAAGCUUUCUGUCCUUCAUAGAAACUGGAUGUGACCCUGUGACCCCUGGUUGCCAGGGAGAGAGCGGUGGGGCUAUGGCUGCCGGGGCUACGGUCGGGGAAAGCCAACUCCAGAGGAUUAUCCGAGAUCUACAUGAGGCUGUUGCAGAGCUUGCAAAGGAGUACAGGGAAAGUGGAGAGCCAAUCACAGAUGACAGUACCAACCUGCACAAAUUCUCCUACAAACUGGAGUACCUGCUACAGUUUGACCAGAAGGAGAAGAACACAUUUCUUGGUACAAAGAAAGAUUAUUGGGAAUACUUCACUGACUGUUUGGCUAAGAUCAAAGGAGCAAAUGAUGGCAUCCGCUUUGUGAAAUCGAUCUCUGAGCUGAAGACAUCUCUGGGGAAGGGGCGAGCUUUUAUUCGCUACUCCCUCGUACAUCAGCGGCUGGCUGAUACGCUGCAGCAGUGCCUGAUGAACCAGAGAGUCACCAGUGACUGGUACUAUGCAAGAAGCCCCUUCUUGAAGCCCCACCUGAGUGUUGACAUCAUCAACCACCUGUAUGAGCUCAAUGAAGUCCAGUUUGAUGUGGCCUCCAGAGGUUAUGACCUUGAUGCCUCCUGGCCAACAUUUGCAAGGAGGACACUGGGUGCAAACUCACCUGGCCACAUGUGGAAACCACCUAGUCGUAGUUCUAGCAUUAACAGUCUGGCCAGCACCUACUCCCAGCAAGCACCUGAGUUCCCCUCUAGCCCCGACUAUGGUCAUAGUCUAUUGAAUGACCUGAACGAGUCCCUGCCUGCCUGCAGCGAAGACCUUCGCCUGGAACUGGACCAGUCAGAGCUGAAGCAGCGAGAGCUCCUGGAUAAGGUGCAGCAGCUCGGCAAUGAGGCCACUGAGCUCAGAGGGGUUGUGGUGGAGCUCCAGAGGCAGCUGGAUGUGUCUCUUGCUUCCCAUGGGGAGCAGCAGGGCUUGCAGGGAGAACUCAGGGCUCUGCAGGGGAGAGAGCAAGCCCUGUCCAGAGAGGUGGAAGCACUCAGGACUGGAGAAAAAGCCAGGGAGGCUGAAGAAGACCUGCUCCAGGAAAAGCUAGCAGCUGCUGAGGGGAAGAACAUAGAGCUCCUGGCCAAGUUGGAUGGAGUUCUGAAUGAGAAGGGCCAGCAGGCAGCCAGUUACUUUGAUUCGGCACAAAAGAUACAUGAGCUGUUGGACAGAUUGAAAGAGGCAGAGAAAGGGAAGAUGGAAGCUGUAGUUGAGGCAGAGGAGAAGAGGAGGCAGGCAGAAAGGUUGGAGGAGGAGCUGAGUGUGAAGGAGGCAGCUGCAAAGGAUAGUGAAACAAAACUUGGAGCAUUAGUUGCAUCUAUGUCUGAGGAGAAAGCCAAGUUGGAGGUUAAAUUGGAGGAGCAGUGCAGUGACCUUGAUAAGCUACAGGGGGCCUUGACAGUGAGAGAAAAAGAAGCCAGCAACCUGCAAAGGCAGCUGCAGGACCUCCAAAGAUCUCUAGAGGAGAAGGAGAAAGAGGUGGAGGAGGUGAAAAACAAGGCACAAGAUGAUCAAGAUGAAAUGCAGAAGAAUGUUGGAGGCUUAAAAAAGUCAUUAGAAGCAGAAGUCACUGCCCUCAAGGAGCGGCUUGAGAGGAAAGAAGCAGAGCUGACCUUCUGCUGUGAUACACGUCAACAUCUAGAAACCAAGAACCAAAGCCUGAUCACAGAGAAGGAGAAACUAGCCACUAACCUUGCAGAGCUGGAGGUUAACAUCAAAGAGCAAACCACAAAGAUAGAUGACUACAAGACCCAGUGCGGCAGCUUAAUGGAACUAAACGAGAAGCUGCUUACCAGAGUGAAGAGAAAUGAGGAGCUAAAGAAGGACAUUGCAGAAAACAGAGCAGUUCUUGAAAGUGAAUUAGCAACUCUAAGGGCUUCUGAGAAACAACUUCGAAGCCAGCUGGAUGAUACCAAGGUGACGGUGGAUGAAAAGGAGAAGAGGCUGCGUGAGGAGAACUGCAAGCUGGAAGAGAGUAUGCAGCGAGCCACCAUGGCCGCAAAGCUCUCAGAGACUACGUCAAAGCGGCUGGAGCAGGAGAACCAGACUCUGAGAGAGGAGCAAGACACCGUGAAAGCAGCUCUUAGUCGCAUGCAGGCCGAUCUGAAGAGUGUUCAUGGGCAGAUCGGAGAGCUGGAGAAGAACUUAGGAGCGUCACGCAAGAAUGAAGCCAGCCUUCAAGAACAGGUCCAAGCCAAGGAGGCACAGCUAUUGGGUAAAGAGAAUACACUCACUGAGCUCCAGUCCAAGUUAAUAGCUCUAGAGGCCACAGAAAAGGAGCUUAAGAUGGCAAAAGCUGACGCAGAAGCAACCUGCGCUAGACAGACAGAAGUGAUCGAACGAGUUACAUCUGAGAAGAAGGUGAUGGAGAAAUCUCAAUUGGAGAGGAGCGCUGUCCAAGCCAAGGAGAACCAUGAGGUGACUGGCAAACUGACUGUGGCUGAGAGCCAGUUGGAGGUGAGCAUGAAAGAAGUGACCAGGCUCCAGGCAGAAAUCCUGGACCUCAGGGUACGUGUACAGAGAGCUGAGGAGGACAAGCUAAAAUCCCAAGCACAGCUGGAGGUGACAGAGACCCAAAGAGACGAGUUCAAGACUCUGACAGAGCAGCUGAAAGCACAGACAGAGGCACUAAAUCAGACGCAUGUAACAGAGCUUUUGAAGUGCAAAAAGAAAGAAGAGGCGCUGAUUGAACAGCGUGAUCGAGAAGUAGCCGCCCAUGCUGAGUUGGUUAUCUCUGCGACUGCUGUCCGAGAAGAGGUGUCCACCCUGAAGGCCGAAAAUAACAGGCUGGUUCUCGAGAAUGGCGAGACACGUGAGGGUCUACACAGGGCAAACACAGAGAUGGCAGAGCUGGGGAUGACCAUCUGUAAGCUAAGUGCAGAAAAGGAGGAGGCCAGAGAGCACUGGGCAGGUGAUGCUGCCAGGAUCGAAGAGCUUAAGAAAGAGGUGGAGAGACUAGAAGAGGGCAUGACAGAGUUACAGCAAGAUAAUGAGAAACUAAAAGAGGGGCUGACACACAAAGAUAACCUUCCAGGGACUGUUACAGUGCUCCAGGAGAAGCUGGAAAAGACCAAGAACCAAGUGCAGAGCCUCAAGGACUCCAGUCGAGAGGAGGUGGAGGCCAUCAAGUUUCAAAUGAGCUCAGAGAACAUGAAUCAUCAGGGCCAGAUUAAGAGUGUGAAUGAACAGCGAGACAAGGUGAAAGCCCAGCUGCAGGAGGAACUGAAGAAUGUGUCCAGUUUGCAGGCCAAAGUGUCUGAACUAGAGGCUAGGAACGAGCAGUACCUUCAGCUAAGUGGUGAGAAAGAUGCUCACAUCACGAAGACAGAGGCCACGGUACGCAAGAGUGAGAGCGAGAUUCUGCAACUGAGAGAUGCAGUGAGCAGUGCUGAGGGUGCACGCUUAGCUGCACAAAAUAUCUGUGAGGAAUUAAAGCAGAAACUCAGCACAACAGAAGCUGACAAACAAAACCAGUUAUUGAAAAUGACUGCAGAGAUUGACGACCUCAACAGAACCAAGACCAACCUCGAAGAGCGGCUCAUUGAGCUCAUAAGGGACAAAGAUGCUCUGUGGCAGAAGUCAGACGCUUUGGAGUUUGAGCAGAAACUGCGUGAAGAGGAGCGCUGGUGGUUGGUGGAUAAAGAUGCCAAAAACUGCCUCGGCUGCCAUGGCCAGUUCACUUGGUACCUGCGCAGGCAUCACUGCAGGCUUUGCGGUCGCAUCUUCUGCUACUACUGCAGCAACAACUAUGUGAUGACCAAGCACAGCAAGAAGAAGGAGCGAUGUUGCAGGGACUGUUACACUCAGCACAGCGCAGUGGUGGAGAGGUUCACAGAGGCUGAGCUGAGUCCUUCAGACACCCAGCCUCCUCCACCUGGACCUGGACCUCAACCACCUCCUGAGCCAGCACCUUACAAACCCACUCCAAGGGUAACAGUCACAGACCCCAGCAACACAUCUGACGAUGGGGCUUUCGACAUCAUCACAGAAGAGGAAGUGAAUGGCGUCUACGACAGUGAUACCACCUCUCAGACCACAGGUGGCUCCCUGGAGGGAGAUCAAGACCGAAGGCCUCCAGGAGCACUGGAUAUAGGCGUAGGAGAGAUGACCCCUGAUGACCCUGAAGAACACGUUCCCACUGUUCAGGAUUCAGAGGUCAACCUUCUCAAAUCAGGAGAAAUCACGAUGGCUGUCCCUCUCAGCAUUGAAGAUAUUUCUCAGUUCGGUGAUGGUUCCAGGGAGCUCUUCAUCAAGUCCAGCUGUUACAGUGUGAUAACUGUUGCCGUGGGUGACUGUGGGCAAACCAUCAGCUGGAUGUUUUCCUCAGAGCCAAAAAGCAUCUCAUUUAGUGUGGUUUACCGGGAAUCCACUGACUCGCAGGUGGAACAGUCAAAGGUCUUGAUUCCUCUGACUCGCUGCAAUUCCCAUAAAGAGACAAUUCAGGGACAGUUGAAAGUCCGACACGCCGGCCUCUACACACUCAUCUUUGACAACUCCUUCUCACGGUUUAUCUCCAAGAAGGUCUUCUACCAACUGACCAUGGAGAAGCCCAUCAUUUACGAUGGAAGUGACUUUCCCUAAAGUUGGAUAACACAGCGUCACGGAGAUGUCAUCAUGAUGUCACUGUUGCAGCUAAAGGGAAAAAGAAAAAUCAGCCUAAGUGGCUGUUUCUUAUUCAUUUUUAUUUUCAGUUACUUUGUUUGCUCUUUUGUUCCCAAUCCUGUUUUUACCCAAGUAUUUUAUGUUGUAUGUUUAUUAUUUAACUCUAUGGUGUUGGCGUUUUAAGUGUGGCCCAAUUGAAGUGUUGUCAUCCAGAUAAGAGGUAGAUAGAAUUCUUUAUGCAAGAUUUACCACGUUUUUUUCCCAUAUAUGAACCAAGUAAGUUACCUUUCGGUUAAGUUUAAAGUAGUACAUUGUUCAGUUACAAAAGUUAUGUAAUUUUGUUAUUUCUUUGUUUAAUUUCUGUUGGUCUCUGGUUUUGCCUCUCUCUUUCCAAAUAUGCUGUUAUGUUAGGGAACGCAGAUCAUUGCAGUAAUACUAGCAUUAUAAAAUAUGAUAAUCGAUUGUUGUCAUUUGGCAAAUAUUUAUCUAGAAAAGUGGUCUAUAAAGACCUAGGAAAAACACUUUUAAAACGUAUUUUACACUUUUUCAAAAUUACGGCCAGUUUUAAAUGUUUUGUGCAAUCUUUUUAAAAUCCAAAGGGCCGAAGAAAAGAGCAGAGAGGGGCUCACUCUUAUACUGACUUGUUUGAACACUAUGUUUGCACUGUGCCAGCGCAGGAAGGAAGCAAAGCAGUAACUGGCCUGGAAAAAUACAGUUUCUGCUUGAUAACACAGUAUAUGCACUUUGUGCAAAUCUCAGGAGUGUGGCAUAAAAUUGUCCUCAGGUGGUAACAUGUCCUAAUUGUGUGUUUUUGGAAAACUAAAAGAAGAGAAGAAAAACUACCAUCUUACUUCCUCUGUAAGGAGAGCAGCAAACCAGCUUUCUCCAUCCAGUUUACAGGAUCUAACUAAUGAAGCAGAGCGCCUGAACUUAUACAGGCUGACUGAGUGUCAUUACACUGACAUUCAGUCAAAGUAUAUUACUGACUGUCAGCUACUGAGCUACUGUACUUUAAAAGUGCCUCUUAACUCUAAUUGCCAGGGAUCAGUUUGCUUUUGUAACUGUUUAUUUUACUCUUUGUUAUCUGCACAGAACAUGACACCUGCUAUAAAUGGUACUAUUUUAUAAAAAGUUAAUUUCAGUGAGAAAGACAUUUAAAUCACAAUAUGCACAUUGUCAUGUAAAAGAAAUUGUUUUUCAGUUUGGAUUUCAGUUGAAUCUCUGAAAACAUUUUGUCAUAUGUUUAGAGAAUCCUUUGCUUUUUUUGUAUUCUCGGGUAUGAACUGGGUUUGAAUAUCGUGUGCUGUUUGUUUUUUUCCCUAAUUUUUAUCGCAAAGCAAUAAGAAAAAAUCAGCGUGGUCAUUUUUCAGACAUAACCGUACACUACUCAGUGAAGCAAGGGCUUAUCUCUAUGCUGCUUUUGUAGAGAUCUGUUUGUGUUUCACAGCCAGAUCUCUUUUAUAUUUUUGAUUGGUGUAAAUUGGUGCAAUUUGUAUGCAAAGCUUCAUAAUUUUCUCUACAGAGUUGCAUUUGUGAUGAUCAUUUUUUAAAUCUUUAGAAAAAAAUCUGUUAAAUUUACAUGAUCAAAGAUUUCACACAGAGACAGAUUUUGUUUUGCUUUCUCUUUUUGAAGGAUGAUAGGGGGGAGAGUAAAAUAUGCAUGAACCAUGCCUACAAGCACCGAGUGUAACCAGUAAAGACCUGUCACACAUCCAGUAAACAUGAAUAAACAUGUGAAAAUG